CUUCAGGACCUCAGCUCGUGCCGAUACCAUGGUCUUCUAUGUUGCUCGCCCUCAUUGUCUGCCCCGUUUCCUACCAGGAGCCCGAUAAACCCGGGCCCGGCUUUGAGUCUCAAGCCCCGGCUUCCAGCCAGCCUCAUUAGGUCGGCUCGCUCCAACUUGAGUUCAAGAAUGAAUGAAUUCGGAUUCGCGCUCUGGCCCCGAGACACAAGAUAGCAGAGCUAUCAAACUAUGCUAGCCCAAGCUUGCCUCAUUUUGCCAAUCUUAAGUUCGGUGUCUAGUUCCCGUAGACCACAUGCUGCCAAUGCAUUCUCCAAUGUUGCUCUUAUUGGUUUGGCUUCGGCUCGAGAUCAACGGUCAUCUCUUCUGAUUCUCGCCCAGCAUGUCCUUUCACACUUGCAUGCGAUGACGGAUCCGGCACUGGGCCUUGCCGACUUGACGAGCUCGUUCGUUCGUAGCGCACCCAGUGCACCUAGCGACCUAGUAUCCCCAUGUGCCUUUUCGGCAAGGAUGUUCCCAGGACCCCGGUCAUCCACGGUGGUGUUCCCUCCUGGUCUGACUGGGGUGGGUUCUCUGUUUAGGUAUCUACAUAUGCUAGUGUGGGAUUUCUGACUAGGAAUAGUUCGCAGCGGCGCAUCUCCCUCUGCUUGGCCCGCCGUGGAUCCCCCAACGAAGCAUUCUUACAUCUUCU